ACGUGGACCCCUUCCAUUCUUUCUUCUUUCUUCUUUUUCUUUUUCUUCCAUUCUUUAUAAGAAAAGCAAAUCAAAGAUAACACACUCAAAUUUGAUGUAUAGAAAGCAAUUCAAGAAUUUAACUAAAACUUUGAUGUUUACUCACAAUGAAAAUGAGUUACUUGCUGCACAUUACUACGAAUAUUGAUGGAUACCAAAUGAAGAGACUUCAAAUCCAGACUAUAUUUCCAUUCUUACACUUCUCAAAUUAAUUUCUAAUUUUAUAUUUUUACUAUUUAUAAUUAUUAUUAAAGUGUAAAUAUCUGAUAUAUUAAAUAUGUUUAGAAAGUAAAGAUUUUAUUCCAAUAAAAUUUAUGUACCACACAGAAAGAAUCAUCAAGUUUUUGCUAAUAAUAACUUGUGGGUUCCAAUCUGAGAAGUAGAAACGAUCUCUCUUCAAAAUAUAAAACAGAGUUGAGUACAUAAAUCCCCAUUUUCCAUCUGUCUAAGCAUUUAAUUGAUUUUUUUUUAUUUGAAUAUAAAAUGUUUAUCAACUUAUACAAGAACUAUCUGAGCGGAACGUUAUUUCUGUUGGAACCUAGUCGGAGAUGAGAAAUGUUCCAGCAUGGGAAUGCGAAGAUUCUUUAAUAUUGUGGGGAAUGGAUAAACCUGAACAAGAGUCUGAUAUUGCUGAUUUUAUGGCCGAAGCUGUGCGUUUUAAUCCUCUCAAACCGAAAUCCAACACAUGCUUGGUUGGUUAUUGAACGUUACUGUAACUGUAAGACCGUGCCCCACUCUCGCGCCAUGUUUCGGAUUUUCAAAUCUCAACCCAAGAUUUUCCACUUUUCAAUUUGGAACCAUGUGGUUCCCAUUCUUUUCACAAGGUUCUCUAAAUCCUUGGUGGGUGUUAGUUAUUGUACCUGUACAAUUGCUCCCUCUUACAGAGACUUGCUAUCUGAUCUCCUAAAGAACCAAAAGUUAGACCAAGCCCGUUUUCUCUUUGCUAAAAUCUCAUCUCCAGAAGCGUAUCUAUGCACUUUAAUGAUUAAUGGUUAUGCAAGAAGUGGUAGAUUAAAUGAUGCAUUAAUGUUGUUUGAUAGAAUGACUGUUCGAGAUAUAAUUUCUUGGAAUUCGAUGAUAAAAGGCUGCUUAGAUUGUGGAGAUUUGGGUAUGGCUAGAAGAUUAUUUGAUGAAAUGCCUGAAAGAAAUGUUGUUUCUUGGACUACGAUGGUUAAUGGGUAUUUGAAGUUUGGGAGAGUUGAGAUUGCUGAAAGAUUUUUUUGGGAUAUGCCAGUAAGGGAUGUCGCUGCGUGGAAUGCGAUGAUUUUUGGGUAUUGUGGGAAUAGGAGAGUUGCAGAUGGUUUGAACUUGUUUGAAAAGAUGCCUUGUAGAAAUGUUAUUUCCUGGACUUCAAUGAUUGGUGGGCUUGACCAGAAUGGGAAAAGUGAAGAGGCUUUGAUUCUUUUUGGGAAGAUGAUGGAUUCAGGUGUUAAGCCUACUUCAACCACAUAUGCUUGUGUGUUGACGGCUUGUGCAAAUGCAAUGGACUUCAAUAUGGGUGUGCAAGUUCAUGGUCGUGUUAGUAAGUUAGGAUAUAAAAGUGAUGAAUUUAUAUCAGCCUCAUUGAUAACAUUUUAUUCAAACUGCAAACAAGUCAAGAAUGCUCACCAGGUUUUCAAUGAGACAUUGUCUAAAAAUGUGGUUAUAUGGACAGCACUUUUGACAGGAUGUGAAUUAAACAGUAAGCAUGAAGAUGCAUUGAGGGUUUUCAGUGAUAUGAUAAAGAUGGGUGUUUUUCCGAAUCAAUCUACAUUCAUUAGUGCUUUUAAUUCAUGUCGUGGAUUAGAGGCCCUUGACAGGGGUAAGGAGAUUCACACAGUAACCGCUAAACUAGGUUUGGAAACUGAUGUCUUUGUUGGUAAUUCUCUCGUAGUCAUGUAUAAUGAAUGUGGUAACGUAAAUGAUGCUGUAGCUGUAUUUAAAAAGAUUAAAGAGAAGAAUGAUGUCUCAUGGAACUCAAUUAUUGUUGGAAGCUCACAGCAUGGACAUGGCAUCUGGGCUCUGAUUUUUUUUAACCAAAUGAUACGUGCAUGUGUAGACCCAGAUGAGAUCACAUUGACUGGUUUGCUUUCUGCUUGCAGCCAUUCUGGGAUGUUACAGAAGGGAAGACGAUUUUUCCAGUAUAUUCAUAGGUACAAACCCAUUAAGCUGAAGCUUCAACAUUAUGCUUGUAUGGUGGAUAUCUUAGGUAGAUGUGGGAAGUUGGAAGAAGCAGAGGAGUUAAUAGAAAAUAUGCCUAUGGAAGCGAAUUCUAUGAUAUGGUUAGCACUCCUCGGUGCUUGUAGGAUGCAUUCUAGUUUAGAGGUUGCUGAAAGAGCUGCAGGAAAUAUCUUUAAUCUAGAACCACAAUGUAGUGCCGCCUAUGUUCUGUUGUCUAAUCUAUAUGCUUCUGCAGGUAGAUGGAGUGACGUUUCCAGAAUAAGAGUGAAGAUGAAGCAAGGGGGAAUAGUAAAACAAGCCGGGUGUAGUUGGGUAGUUCUAAAAGGAAGGAAACAUGAAUUUCUUUCUGGAGAUAGGUCUCAUGUGCUUAGUGAGAAAAUAUAUGAGAAGUUGGACUGGUUGGGAGGAAAAUUGAAGGAAUUUGGUUAUGUUCCUGAUCGGAGACUAGCUCUGCAUGAUGUUGAGGAUGAGCAAAAGGAAGAGAUGUUAUCUUAUCAUAGUGAAAGGCUCGCGAUUGGAUUUGCUCUGGUUAGUACUGUGGAGGGAAGUACAAUAACGGUGAUGAAGAAUCUCAGAGUAUGUGGAGAUUGCCACUCUGUAAUUAAGCUUAUAACAAACAUUACAGAUCGGGAGAUUGUUGUCAGAGAUUCUAGUCGCUUCCACCACUUCACUAAUGGUAUUUGUUCAUGUGGAGAUUAUUGGUAGCACAGCGGUUGUUGCAAUGACUUCUGGCGUAGGUUAAUCAAUAAUUAACUAUAGAUUGAGUUCAUAUUUCAACCAGCAUCUUGGGUUUUAUUGCCUCUUGUCAAAUGCCUGAGAAGACCUUGUGUAUAGUUUUGUUCUGUGCAUUUAACAUUUAUAAUUAACCACCGAUCAGUAACUUAUUAUGUUA